GGGAAGGAGUUCGCCUGCCUCAGAGUUGUCAGUGAACGCAACGAUGCCAGAACCCGCCAAGUCCGCUCCCGCGCCCAAGAAGGGCUCCAAGAAGGCGGUGACGAAGACCCAGAAGAAGGGGGACAAGAAGCGGCGCAAGAGCCGCAAGGAGAGCUACUCCAUCUACGUCUACAAGGUGCUGAAGCAGGUGCACCCUGACACGGGCAUCUCCUCCAAGGCCAUGAGCAUCAUGAACUCCUUCGUCAACGACAUCUUUGAGCGCAUCGCCGGCGAGGCCUCCCGCCUGGCCCACUACAACAAGCGCUCCACCAUCACCUCUCGCGAGAUCCAGACCGCCGUGCGCCUCCUCCUGCCCGGGGAGCUGGCCAAGCACGCCGUCUCCGAGGGCACCAAGGCCGUUACCAAGUACACCAGCUCCAAGUAAGCCUGAGAGGAGGAGGAGGAGAAAGAGAGGCUCCCAAAACCCAAAGGCUCUUUUCAGAGCCACCCACCUCUUCGACGGAAAGAGCUGGAGACACUCGCCUGCCAUCAUCUCCGGGACAAAACUCAUCCCUAUAUAUAAUACACGUCUAAUAAAGGAUAUAUGGGUUAUCUCAA